ACAGAGAGCUCACCACCAUGACAGAUGGCUACUUGUGGUUUGAAGGGUUACCUUUCCCUCUGCUUAAUUAUAGCUAUGAAGUUUUGAAAGAAGCGUGUGCUCAGUUUGUGAUAAAGGAUGAAGACACAGUAUUGGUGACCUACCCCAAAUCAGGAACCCACUGGUUGGUUGAAAUUCUUUCCUUGAUUCAUUCCAAUGGUGAUACCAAGUGGAUUCGAUCUGUGCCCAUCUGGGAACGCUCACCCUGGUUAGAGACAUAUCGGGGUUACAAACGUAUAAAUAAGAGAGAAGGCCCACGGCUCAUGUCCUCUCACCUCCCCUUCCAUCUCUUCCCCAAGUCUCUAUUCACUUCCAAGGCCAAGGUGAUAUAUAUCAUGAGAAAUCCCAAAGAUGUUCUUGUGUCAGGUUAUUAUCAUUGGAAUGUGACAAAAUUAUUUAAGAAAUCAGAGUCACUGGAACAGUAUUUUCAAUGGUUCAUGGAAGGAAAUGUGCCCUAUGGAUCAUGGUUUGAGCACAUUCGUGGCUGGAUGUCCAUGAGAGACAGAGAGAACGUCCUGCUGCUGAGUUAUGAAGAGCUGCAGAAGGUGAGCCCCCUCUCAUAG